UGUCAGCAUGUGAAGGUUCUUGUGGAGUCAGUCAGUUUGUGGUACCAUGUCAUAAUCCUGGCUAGCAUUAAAAGCAGAGGUGCAGUCUCCUGGGGGUUUAUUACAGGGCUAUACAGGUGUCGUCCUGCUUUUAAGCACUCCAAAGCAAUUAGCAGCGUUUCCAUUUUAACUCGGCGGGACUGUACAGCGCCUCCCUGUGCAGAAUCCAGACGGAUCACGUUAUAUCCCAGCACCUCAUAACCUUGGCUACUCCCACUCUUUUCUCCAGACGGGAUCCCAAGCAGAGCUGUGCCUGCUCUGCGGUUCCCCUGCUUUGGCACAGGCUGGUGGCCGGGUGGAAGGGGCAGCCCAGCUGCAUCCUGGUUCUGCGGGCAGCAGAGCUGAUAUGUGCUGCGAGAGGUCUCGGGGCAAGGGAGACUCUAACGUGGAUUUAAAUGCUGUGAAGGCACGGAAUAGAACGGGUAUCAGAGCUUAGGAGGGCAAUCUUUUACUGUAGGGGUUUUCGCAUCCCAGAUGGUCCUGCCUGAGCUGCGCCAGGGGGACCGAGGGGAGGGUAGAAGAUCCGUGUGCAUCAGUAACUGCUGUUGAACCUUUCUGGCUCUAGUGAGGAGCUUGGGGCAUUGGUUCUGGUCCUCCAGGCUGAGACCGGCUUGUCUCUCAAAGAGGGAAGGAAAGACUGCGAUAUUUGGAGAUUCAUCAGGCUGUACAUUGUCCUUCCCGUUUCUGCCAGCCCGGCUCUGACCCGGAGCAUGUACAGGAGAGGAGUGUUUGUGUGUGUGUUUGCGUUUCCCUGCUUCCUCUCCCUGUUUCCUGAUAAAUAAUCUGUUUCACUAUACGUGCCAAGCUUCUCCUGGUCUUUUUGUCUUCCGUUGCAAUAUUGGUUUUCGAGUCCUAUAAAUAUGAACUGAAGAAUCGCCUUCAGCGUUGCAAUUUUAAUUGUGUUCCAUAGGUAACUUUCCUUCCCCCACAGCUCAGUCCUGUGCUACCAGGACGCCCUUGGCAUUUUUUUACAGGGUCGGCCCUAAAUGUAUGGAUUACUUGUUUUCUGCCAACGUACAUUUAGCAUACUGAUUAUGAACCGGAAUACAAAAAGCCUGAUAGAUCAAAAGUAUUUUGUAUGGGCAGUUGAACAGGAGGUGAAUAUCUAACGCUUUUGUUCAUCAAUAACUCUUUGGCUUUGACCUGUCUGAGCAAGUCGUGCAAUAAGGUGAAACGCAGGUCACAGCGUCUAACAAAUAUGAAAAUGUGUAGUAUUAAGCAGAACGGGGAGCUGCCGCUUCCCCAGCUUCAUCGCUGCUCCCUGGGCAGCCCUCGGCGGGCUUGUCCGCUCCCGGGGGCUGCCCCAAAGGAGAGCUCUCUUUGGGGGGCGGAGGGGAGUUACCCUGCCAGUUCAGCCGGGUGCUAAAUAACCCCCGCGAGGGCGGGGGGGUGUCCCCUCUCCCCUCAGAGAAAGGAUGCGAAAGCGGAGAGAGAUGCUGAAAAUAGCUGGGUAGGGAUUUGAAGAAUCCGGGGGGAGAUUAAGGAUAUAAAGUCGUUUUGAGUUGCACUUGCUGUGAAGGAAACACCGCCGCAGUGGUAGGAAAGCAGACGUUUGAAAAUAGCAUCUCCCAGCUCAGGCACUUGGGAGCUGGAGCCAAGCAAACAACCCGGUACACAUCGCUCGGAUAAGCGCAACACCCCCAAAUCUGCCCUCCGCAGUGGUUGGAUGUAUCACACCCGCACCAUUAUUUGUCCUUAUGGUGCCUGUUUUAAAUAGUGGAAGGAGAAGAGGUUGACCGCAGGACAGCAGUGAGGAGCUGGGUCAGACACAAUUCAUGAACUUUUGUACUCCUGUGUGCCGCUGUCGACAAAGUAAAAAUAAUGAAACUUUGUGAUAUGUUUGUAAAUGAUUUCGGCUGACCUCUCGCCCUGCCCUUCACCAUAAACGCUACGGCAGGGAAAACCUGGGAGGGUGCGAGGCUAAGGCUCGCAGGCAGAUCGCGGGGAUAAUAGCUAGACCAGCAUAAUAGGAUGAAGGUAAAUUUGGAAACUAUCUUUUUCCCGAGAGCAACUAACUCUAGCUUUUAAUCUCAUCUUUUUCACCAACCCCUGUUUCUGUUGUCGGCUGUUUUGCUUCUGUUUCGAUUUUUUAGAAAUUAUUUUUUUAUUUUGGGGGAAUUUCUAAUUAUGGAGAAUAUUUUCAGAUUCAUGUUAACCUAAAUAUUUAAAGACUCCUUAAUAAAUUGCUUUAACUACUAUUAUUCUAAAUAGCGCAAUUUGACUGACCACGUCCAUUUUCCAUAGCGAGGGCGUAAGUGGCAGAGAAUUUAAAGAAAGCGGCAGGUCUUUCUGAGAAUUUGGUAGGCGAAAUUCGUCGCUAUGAAUUGGUGGAGGGUCGUAUAGCUCUAUUGCAGCACUAAUAAGAAGCGUGAAUCUUUUCUGAAAUCCCACCUUCCUGCAAAUCUGUAUUUCAGAGCUGAGUCCCAGCAGAAUAGUUUGCAUUCCUCAGAAGACAGUAAGAGACUAAGAGAAUGGCAAAGACCUGCUAUAUUGUAGAUGAAAACAGAAUGUUAUUACGUUGUCUAUAUAUACCCUGUAGAACCGAAUUUGUGUGAUAUUCAUAUAGUCACAGAUUCGAUUCUAGGGGAAUAUAUGGUCGAUGCAAAAACUUCACCUUUCUGCAGAUGGUUAGAAGUUAAAAUACUGGCGGAAUCAAGAGGCAUGUGCGUGCUGAACACUGAGAAAUUAUAAAAGUUUGCUGCCUCGCUCCUAUUCACUAGGUUUUAGGACGUUUCUUAAAACUUCAGUUGUCGUUCAGUCCUAACUCUCACUGACAAUCUGUGAAUUUAAACAGUUAAAUUCACCAGAAGUUACAAAAUUUCUGGAGGAAAAAAAAAAAAAAAAGAUAUUAUCUACCAAUCAGUGAAUGAGUCUUUUAUAAGAUACUCAUAAAUUAACUAGAUAUGCCAGACGUUAGCAAAAUUUCCCUGUCAAGGGUCCAGAUCGCAUCAAAAUAUUUACGACAGCAGCAAAAGCAGCAUUCGCCUCGCUGGAAUGUAUUUACUUGUGCUCCAGGAAUGAUAUUGAUGAAUGAAGACCGAAUUUAUCUCAUUAAAUCCGUGAUAUUUUUAACCUAAUUAAAUGACGUCUCCAGCUCAAUUGAUUGAACUUUAGUGGUUAAAAGUGAGCUCUUUCUUGCCAUCUGUAUGAUUUUAUAUACAUACAUGUAGAUUUUUAUAAAUAUACAUUGGCGUUUGCAUCUGUGCACGCAUACGUAUGCAGACGUAUAUUUUGAGGCUUGAAAGUGAAUGAGAAGUUACUGAUUGCCUAAUUUUAUUCAGCAGAACUAAAUUCUGGUAACUUUUGGAUGACCUCUGCUAGACAAAGACAGGACAGAUCUAUUGUACAUCAUAUUAGCCUCUUCUUUGAUGGCUUUUCUUUCCCUCGCCUGCUUAUCAGUUUCUUCCCUUUUAACCCCGCUUCAGCUCAUCGCUCUGUAUAUUCCUUUCGAUUCUUUUUCUUAUUUUAUUUAAAGCGAGGUACCAAGCCCCGGUGGCGAUGCUGGCUAGCAGAUCGGAGGGCAGGGCAGCAUCCCCCGAGCUGGGGGAAGCCGGCUCAGACAAAAGGCUGUGGGCAGGGCAGCGGCCGCCGCCCCGGGGGUACCCCUACACCUCCGGUACCUGGUUUGCGGGUGCGGCCCGCCGGAGAGGGGGGUCAUUGGGUUAGGGGGAUGUUAUUGAGUGGAAUCGCUGGAAAUGCGGGGAAAUGCGGCGGUGGGCGCCCGGCUCCCCAUUGGCCGGGCCGGUCACAUGCCCGCCUAACUUUAUUCAGUUGACAGCAAGUAGGAGGGCUCUAUGGCAGGGGAAAAAAAGACAACACGAGAAAAAUUAGUAUUUUCUACCUUCAGAAAUUAAUGGCCAUGAGUUCGUAUAUGGUGAACUCUAAGUAUGUGGAUCCCAAAUUUCCUCCUUGCGAGGAAUAUUUGCAGAAUAGCUACUUAGGCGAGCAGGGGGCCGAGUACUACAGUGCCUCGCAGGGCGCUGAUUUCCAGCACCAGGGACUCUACCCACGGUCAAACUACAGCGAGCAACCCUUUAGCUGUAGCAAUGCCCAGGGCUCUGCCGGGCAGCCGCGGGGUCACGGACAGGAGCAAUCCGGCCCGGCGAGCCACUUCCCCGGCCCAGCAGAGCAUUGUCCACCGCCUCCAAUGUCCAACUCGCGAGCCUGCAGCCAGCAGCCGGCCCUCAAACCCCCAAACGGCUCCGCACUUAAGCAGCCAGCAGUAGUUUAUCCCUGGAUGAAGAAAGUCCAUGUUAACUCGGUGAAUCCCAAUUACAACGGAGGGGAACCUAAACGCUCCCGCACAGCUUACACCAGACAGCAAGUCCUAGAACUGGAAAAAGAAUUUCAUUUUAACAGGUACCUGACCAGGCGCCGCCGUAUCGAGAUAGCCCACACUUUGUGUCUCUCUGAGCGCCAGAUCAAGAUCUGGUUUCAGAACAGAAGAAUGAAGUGGAAAAAAGAUCACAAACUGCCCAACACGAAGGGCAGAUCUUCUUCCUCUGGUUCAAACCCCCAUUUACAAACUGGUUCCAAGGACCAUCAGACUGACUUGACAACUUUGUAGAAGAGGUGAAAUUUUCCAUUUCAUCCUUCGCUUCUGACCAGUACUGUACAUAACUGACACUGCCCAAGCAGAACCUGCAUGUAGCAGCUAAGGACACGAGAAACUGUCAUCUUUCUUUAAGGUACUGUUGUACAAAGGAGACAAAAUGACGCUACUUUGGACUUUAUUUUAUUUGCCUCUGCUAGCACAACCUAAAAAAGGAAAACAAACAAAAAAAAAAAAAAAAAAAGAAAAGAAAAAGGGAAAGAAAAAAAGAGGGGAAAACAAACAAACCAUCAUGCAGGCAGUGGGAAUUGGGAAAAUAUUAAACGAGACCUUCUGUCCUUAAAAAAUAAUAAAUAAUUGAAAAUGAAACUGUCCUGUGUUUCAGUUUUGAAUUCUGAAGUGAAGAUUGGAUGCUUUAUUCUGGGAUUUAUACUUUUAAUUGUCUUUUUAUCCCAUGCAAUUUCGGGAGAAUGCAUUUUGGGCAAGUUGAGGACAGGAAAUUCAUAGCAUAGUCUUUUAUUCGAACAUAAAGACUAAUAAUUGUGAACUUUUUUUCGUGUGUGCUGCUUUACCUUUCUCGGUGUAAUGAAAAUUCUUGCUCAUUUCCAUAACGUCUCAGAAAGUGUGCAUAGAAAUGAAGUGAAAACGGGUUAUUUUGUGUUCUGGUAAUGUUAGUGUAUUUAUUUAUUUGUUGCAUAGAAGAAUUAAGACAAAAAGAAAAAUAGUCAAACCAAAAACGAGGAAGGGGAGCUGAAAUACAGUAUUUUUCCUUCUCAGUCUCAUGAACACAUAUGUAGUGUUUACUUGUCUUGAACGUACACAACUUUCUUGUUGCCCCCCCCCACCCUUGUUUUUAAAUUUCCAUCUCUGUGAAUAGAAAAAGUGUCCCUGCUCCUUACUGUGUGCCAUCCAGAGCAAACAGGCUUGAAAUCUGUUUCCAAAGUCUGCUCUGUUCAGCGCUGUGCUUUAAACCAUCGAUACCUCAUUUAAAAAUGGAAAGAAAAAAGGAAAAAGAAAGAGGCAAGACCACAAAAAACAACCCCACAAAAAACAACAGCAACCCAGACUGAAAAAUUAAUGUAAUUUCUGAUAUAAACUGAGCCAUUCAAAGCUGAAAGCUGAACACGUUCUUUCAAUCAGAUUUUAAAUUUCUUUUCUACUAGAGAGAGAUAGUCUAUGUGGGUUGCUGAUUUGUUUUGGGUUUAUGUUGGGUUUAUGUUGGCUUUGGUUUGUUUAGUUU